AGAGGGAUGGCAGAGGCGAGGGGUUUCCGGAAUCUUCUGGUAAUCAACACGGAGGAGGCAGGGGGGCUUCUAGAUCAUUCCAGUGUGUUCCAGUUUUGGUGCAGGGAGCCAUCGACCAAUAGCAAGCGCGUUCUCGAACCUUCUGGUGGUUUCCAUGCAUUGUGAUUGGUCGGACGUUUCGCCACACCUCCAGACCCUCCUAGAGAGUUCUGCUGCGAUAGGCCGGAUGUGGAUUCUCCACCCUAUAGUCUAUAAAUGGCACGUGUUGCAGUCGGAGUGGAGUUGAGUGUUCGCUGCUUCUUAUCGCGACAGAAACGUGAUAAAGAGAUAACAGACUUUCGUAUUGUUUAUACAGUUACUUUUCUUGGUGACAGUUAUUCUUAUACAGUUAUCCUUAUACAGUUAUUUUAUUCUAGUUGACGUACGAUUGUGAUAAUUCUGUCUAAUUUAUUAGCCACUAAAAGGGUGCACAAUAGCACAGCUAUCAAGAAAGAAACGAACCCUAUCAUUGCACCUUUGAGGAAAUUGAGGAUCAGCAGGAGUAGCAAGCUCUGUACAUCAUCACAUACUGAUGGAAGUGAGGAGAGAGUAGAAGGAGAUGCAUAGGAAAAGAAGCUUAACAUGAAGUAUAUAAUUGUAAAUAUUGUAACAAAAAUAUUAUUAUUUUUUUAUUAUAAUUAAAAGUAUGAAAUUGUAAGUACUACUGUAUAAAAAAUAUUAGUUUGACAUUUUAUUAUAAUUUUUAUUCAACUUGGUCCAACAGAAUAUUAUUUUAUGUAUGUCUAUAUAGAAUUUAGUAUGUGAAACUUUUUUUAUUUGUUAUAUAUUAAAAUUUUGAAUCUUUCAUACAUAAUAUUUUUAUGUUUGCUACUCUUUUCAAAUUAUAUAAUUAAAUCAAUUUAAAUUCAUCCAUGCUCAUAUUCUAUUGUUUAAUUAUUAUCCUUUAAUCCUCUAGCCCAUAAUAUUAACAUUUUCAAAUUGUAUUUUGAUACCUGUAAAGUAUAAAACUACAAAAAUGUAAUAAAAAAGAUAUGUACAAGAUGAUACAUAACUGAUAGGUAUAUAAUAUGUACAUUGCUUACAUAUCUAAAACAUAUCUGUUACAUACCUGAUCUAUAUCAGUUAUGUAUCGGAUAGGUAGAAAUGUCCGCUUUUGUGAUAUGUACCAAGCGAGUAUCAGUGAUACAUAUCAGUGUUAUUCAUCACUGAUAUGUAACUGAUACUUAUCAAUUAAACAAUCAGUUAUGUAUCACUGAUAAAUAACCGAUACUUAUCGAUGAAACAUAUCUGUUACAUAUCACUGUUACAUAACCGACAUGUAUCAAUGAAAUGAAUCAGUUACGUAUCAUUGAUACUUGUUUGGUACAUAUCACAAAAGCAGACAUUUAUACCUAUCUGAUACAUAACUGUUAUAUAUCAGAUAUGCAUCCAUAUGUUUCUGAUAUGUAUUGUAGGUUUCAAGGAUACCUUACAAGGAGCAUACAGGGAAACCCCAGAAAAUUCCUCCUCAAUCAAACAAUUAAAUUACAAACAAAUAAUAAUUUACAAAACAGGAAAGAUGAAGAGAAAAAAUAGAAUAAUGAAAAUUAAAACUGGAACAUAUCUUAUUUGAAAAAAGAAUUGAAACUGAGUACAAUAAUUCAAUUACGCUAUGCUAAGAACUACAGGAGUACAUACUGAUCAAAUAAGUAAUAUUGCUGCUCCUAUUACCCGGUUGCCCUCUGUUUAUUCCUUUCAAAUGUUUCUUGAAUCAAAUAAUUGAACGAGCGUUAGCGAAGUUCUCACUUUUGACUCACUAGAGCUCAGAGUAGUUUUCUGUCUGUUUGUAUGUUCGACAAGAAUUGAUCAAUCAGCUUCAAAAUUUGAGCACGAAUUCUUCGAACCUUUUUACAGGUCAAGUUCGUUGGACAACAGAAUUGACUCACUCCUUCGUCUUUUUCAGGAUAUGAAAAUAACAUUGAAAGUGCAUGAGAGAAAAUUUUGUUUUGACUUAUCAUUCAUCAGUCAAUUAUUUGCAUGCUAUUUCUGUAUUUUUUUUUCAUUCAUUUGAAGAAGCUGAUGCUAUUAUUUGGCAGUUUUCUCACACACACUGUCAGACAGACAGAUUUUAUUAAUGACAGACAGACAGAUGACAGACAGACAGACAGAUCCCAAAUUACUGGAGGAAGUCAUCCAAAUGGACGAGCUGGAGAAAGCAAUAACCCAAUAGAAGAAUGGAAAGGCCACAGGCGAGGAUGACAUCUGCACCGAACAAAUUAAACAAUUUGGAACUGGGACUGAAAAUUGGCUCCUAAACCUUUUUAAUAGCUGCCUGUCAUCGCUGUUCCUUCCCAAAGCCUGGAAGAGAGCAAAGGGCACUUCUACCAGGUAAACCUGCAGACUCUGACUCUAGCUACCGGCCAAUUUCACUCCUGUGCCAUCUCUUCAAGCUCUAUGAGCUUGUAAUUUUCCAGCGCGUUGUGCAGUUCUUUGAGGGGAGACUCAUCCCACAGCAGGCAGGAUUCCAGCCGGGUAAAUCUUGUACAAGCCAGAUAUUAAAGCAAUGGCAAGCAAAUUGAGAGUGGGUUUGAGGAAGGUGUCGUCACAGGCAUGGCUUUAAUAGACCUAACAGCAGCAUACAACACGGUCAACCAUAAUCUCUUGCUCUCCAGGGUUUACAAGAUGACUGGAGACAUGCACCUCACAAGUACCAUCCGUACCCUCCUUCAGAACCGACGAUUCUAUGUCUGCUUGAAUGGAAAAGAAGAGCCGAUGGAGAAUUCAGAAGAACGGUCUCCCUCAAGGGAGCGUCCUGGCACCGCUGCUAUUCAAUGUGAACACAAAUGACCAGCCUAUCACGCCCAAUGCCCACCACUUCCUGUAUGCCAAUGAUCUGGAUAUAUUGGUCAAAGAUCGUUCUUAUGAAGGAGUGGGACUAAGACUGACUCGUGCAUUGGAGGAAAUAUCAGCCUUCUACAAGGAGAGCCACCUUUAACCUUACCCAGGGGAAACACAGGUAUGCCCCUUCCACCUAAGAUCCAGGGAGGCUAGGAGAAGACUGAACUUUACCUGGGAGGGUAAGGCCCUGGAACACACCGGCUCACCAAAAUAUCUUGACAUGACCCUGGACCAAACUCCGACAUACAAACAGCACUGUCAGAAUACAUCAUCAAAAGUCAACUCCAGGAACAGCAUCAUCAGGAAGCUAUGCAGCAGCCAAUGGGGAGCAAACCCCAGCAUGCUCCUGACAUCAGGAAAGGCUCUCUGCCUCUCUGUUGGGGAAUACGCCUGUCCUGUCUGGUGUCAAUCAGCCCACACAAAGAAGGUUGAUACAUCCCUUAAUGAGACAAUGUCGCAUUGCAACUGGUUGCAUGCAACUAACUCCCAUCGACAAACUCUACAGGGCUGCAGGAAUGAACACUCCCAAGAUCAGAAGAGCCAACCACGAAUACUUGGAGAGGUUCAAACAGACUUUCAAUGAGAGACACAUGAUGUACAGUCAGCUGGAGCCAUCGCGUAGCCGACUCAAGUCCAGGAGAAGAUUCAUGAGGUUCACACAGCCAGAACCUCCAGACUGGUACCCACUCCGGGAACCUGACACCACUGGAACCAGUCUGCCAUGGAUAUCCUGGAGGGUGCUGAAUAGGAUACGAACUGGAGUGGCCCCUGCAAAGACCAACCUAGCGUGGUGGGGCUACAUAGCAGAGGAUGACAUCUACUGCGACUGUGGAGAGGCACAGGACAUCGACCCCCUCACACAGUGCCCACUGUGCCCUGUUCACUGCACAGCUGACGACCUCUGGAGGGGGAAUGUACCUGCAGAAGACCUAGCCCACUUCUGAGCUGGAAAACUUGGAGAAUGUCCGGACACGAAAAAGUAAGUAAAAGUAAUUUCGCAGUUGUCACACACACUGUCAUACAGACAGACUUUAUGCGCCGACACAUGAUUUC